AUGGCUACGACAAAUAAGAAAUUGCUUUAUGUGGGUGGCUUGGCCGAAGAGGUGGACGAAAAGAUGGUCCACGCGGCCUUCAUUCCUUUUGGUGAUAUCAUAGAUAUCACAGUGCCACUGGAUUUUGAGACUGAAGCUCACAGAGGCUUCGCUUUUGUUGAAUACAAAGAAGUCGGCGACGCUGCUUCGGCCAUGGACAACAUGGACGAUGCUGAGCUUUUUGGAAGGACGCUAAAGGUCAAUAUUGCGCGACCAAUCAAGAUGAAAGAUGGUCACUAUUCGAGACCGGUUUGGGCGGAUGAUUCGUGGCUCGCGAAAUACGCAGGUAAAACGCUGGAAGAUGAGCGAACUGGUCCGUUGGGCGAUGUAUCCGUCGAGCAUACUGGCAAAACAGCAACCAUUGAUAAGACAAAGAGUGGAAUGACCAACGAGGCUAAUCCGCGAGUUUACUUCGACAUCACUAUUGGCGGCCAAUUUGCCGGGCGAAUGGAGUUUGAGCUCCGGCAGGAUACAGUUCCCAGAACGACUGAAAACUUCAGAAAACUCAUCACAGGCGAAAAAGGUUUCGGCUACAAAAACUCGAGCUUUCAUCGAAUUAUUCCUGGAUUCAUGUGUCAAGGAGGCGAUUUUCAGCAUGGAGAUGGAACGGGUGGAAAAUCAAUUUACGGAAAAAAAUUCGAUGACGAAAAUUUUGUCCUGAAGCACGACGGACCGGGAAUACUGUCGAUGGCGAACUGUGGUCCGAAUACGAACGGGUCGCAGUUCUUUAUUUGUACGGAAAAGACGGACUGGUUAGACGGAAAACACGUCGUUUUCGGAAAACUAAUCAAAGGACUGGACUGCUUGCGUCAAAUGGAAGCUUGCGGUGCCAAAAGUGGCGUGGUCAAAAAGACGGUCAAAAUUGUGGAAUGCGGGGAACUGCGUCAAGUCCGCGAAGAAGAAAGAAAAGCCGGCGUAUUUUAG